GCGCCAUUGAGGAGCCGGGAGAGGAAGCGCCGCGCCGCGCAGUUGCCGGGCUAGGCGGGCGGCCCGGGACACAGACAGAUUCUUCUGUGACCAUGAGAGAGAGAAGUAAAGAAUGAUCCAUGAUUUUUUAAACACCUUAUCUUGAGGAUAUAGUCAUGUUGGAAGGUCUUGUAGCCUGGGUUCUCAAUACCUAUCUGGGAAAAUACGUCAAUAACCUGAACACUGAUCAGCUGUCUGUUGCGCUUCUGAAAGGUGCUGUUGAGUUGGAAAACUUGCCCUUAAAGAAAGAUGCCUUGAAAGAACUGGAAUUACCGUUUGAAGUCAAAGCUGGCCUGAUUGGGAAGGUAACUCUUCAGAUUCCCUUUUAUCGCCCCCACGUGGACCCUUGGGUGAUCUCCAUCUCCAGCCUUCACUUAAUCGGAGCCCCUGAAAAGCUAGAGGAUUUCAAUGAUGAGAAGGAGAAGCUCUUGGAGAGGGAGCGUAAGAAGGCUCUGCUUCAAGCCCUGGAGGACAGAUGGAAGAAUGAACGCCAGCAGAAGGGGGAAUCCUACUGGUACUCAGUUACCGCCUCUGUAGUUACAAGAAUUGUGGAGAAUAUUGAAUUAAAAAUUCAAGAUGUCCAUUUGCGCUUCGAAGAUGGUAUUAGCAAUCCAUCCCAUCCUUUUGCAUUUGGCAUCUGUAUUAAGAAUGUGUCCGUGCAGAAUGCUGUGAAUGAGCCUGUACAGAAAUUAAUGCGGAAAAAGCAACUAGAUGUGGCAGAGUUUAGCGUCUAUUGGGAUGUCGAUUGCACUUUGUUGGGGGAUUUACCCCAGGUGGAGUUACAGGAGGCCAUGGACAAGAGCAUGGAGAGCCGCGAUCAUCACUACAUCCUGGAGCCUGUGUGCGCAUCCGCUCUUUUGAAGAGAAACUGCUCCAAAGAGCCUCUGAGGUCUCGGCACACUCCCCGGAUCGAGUGCGAUAUUCAUCUGGAGACCAUCCCCUUGAAACUCUCUCAGCUGCAGUACCGGCAAAUCAUGGAAUUCCUCAAGGAGCUGGAACGAAAGGAGAGGCAGGUGAAGUUCCGAAGAUGGAAGCCCAAAGUGGCCGUGUCUGAGAACUGCCGAGAAUGGUGGUAUUUUGCUCUGAAUGCUAACCUGAAUGAGAUCAGAGAGGAGAGGAAGCGUUGUACUUGGGACUUCUUGUUACACCGGGCUCGCGAUGCUGUGUCUUACACCGACAAAUACUUCAGCAAGCUGAAAGGAGGCUUGCUUCAUGCAGACGACAGGGAGGAGAUGCGUCGGAUUGAGGAGGAACAGAGCUUUGAGGAAUUGAAGAUUUUGCGUGAACUGGUUCAUGAACGAUUUCACAAACAAGAAGAACUGGCGGAGAGCCUACGAGAGCCUCAGUUGGAUUCUCCAGGAGACUCUCCUGGGGAUCCAGAGGCCAGUGGAGGCAGUGGGAUGCUCCAGUACCUUCAGUCCUGGUUUCCUGGCUGGGGUGGCUGGUAUGGGCAGCAGAGCCCUGAGGGGAGACCAGUCGAGGGGCUGUCAGCAGAGCAGCAUGAACAGUGGACUCCCGAGGAGAUCCUAGGCACUGAGGAGUUUUUUGACCCCACCGCCGACGCAUCCUGUCUGAGCGCGUACACGAAGCGGGACCUGGUGUUUGCCCGACUGAAUGUGCAGCUGCAGCGGGGAACCGUGACGCUGCUGCACCAGGAGCCGGGAGGCCUGCGGAUGGAGGAGCGCGCCUUCAUGCAGCUCGAGUUCUCAGAUGUGAAGCUACUAGCAGAAUCUCUUCCUCGAAGAAAUUCCUCCUUGCUCUCAGUGCGGUUGGGUGGACUGUUUCUUCGAGACCUGGCCACAGAAGGCACCAUGUUUCCCCUUCUGGUGUUCCCAAAUUCACAAAAAGAAGUUGGCAGAGUCUCACAGUCUUUUGGUCUCCAAACAACAUCUGCAGACAGAAGUGACCAUAAUCCUGCUGCGGACCCAGAUGACCCGGUUUUUGAGAUGCUGUAUGAGAGAAAUCCAGUGCACAGCCAUUUUGAGAGGCGGCUGAAUGUCAGCACGAGGCCCUUGAACAUCAUAUAUAAUCCCCAGGCUAUUAAAAAAGUAGCCGACUUUUUCUACAAGGGAAAGGUUCAUACCUCAGGUUUUGGUUAUCAGUCUGAACUUGAGCUGAGAGUGGCAGAAGCUGCCCGAAGACAGUAUAACAAACUGAAGAUGCAGACCAAGGCGGAAAUCCGACAAACGCUCGAUCGUUUGCUAGUGGGUGAUUUCAUUGAGGAGAGUAAAAGGUGGACCGUGCGACUAGAUAUUUCUGCCCCUCAGGUGAUCUUUCCUGACGAUUUCAAAUUCAAGAAUCCUGUGUUAGUUGUUGUGGAUCUGGGGAGAAUGCUGUUGACAAAUACCCAAGAUGACUCCAAGAGGAGAAGUGGGGAUGGGCUAGCAUCUGAAGAGAACCAGUUCAGUGAUGAUGAAUAUAAGACGCCUCUUGCCACACCUCCGAACACCCCCCCUCCUGAGACAAGCAGCGGCAAUGGAGGGAAAACACCUCCAUUUUCUGGGGUUGGAUUCAGUGCAGAGCAGAUUCAGGCCCAUCUAAUGAGCACGAAGAUGUAUGAGAGGUACUCCUUGUCAUUUAUGGACCUCCAGAUCAUGGUUGGACGAGUGAAGGACAAUUGGAAGCACGUCCAGGAUAUUGAUGUGGGACCAACCCACGUGGUUGAGAAAUUCAAUGUUCACCUACAGUUAGAACGUCGGUUGAUUUAUACUUCAGAUCCCAAGUACCCCGGAGCUGUGCUCUCAGGCAACCUACCAGACUUGAAAAUCCACAUCAAUGAAGAUAAAAUAUCUGCUCUCAAGAAUUGCUUUGCUCUCCUGACCACCCCAGAAAUGAAGACUUCGGACACUCAGUUAAAAGAGAAGAUUUUUCCCCAAGGCGGGCAGCGGGGAAGUUUGCAAGAUUCAGUAAUGAAUUUAACCCAGAGCUUUGUGAUGUUGGAGCAGCAUACCCGGGAGGUUCUGGUGGAGUCACAGCUCCUCCUGGCCGAAUUUAAGGUGAACUGCAUGCAGCUUGGUGUUGAGAGCAAUGGCCGGUACAUUUCCGUGCUCAAGGUGUUUGGGACCAAUGCUCACUUUGUGAAGAGGCCUUACGAUGUUGAGGUCUCCCUGACUGUUCACGGAUUGCUCCUGGUGGACACGAUGCAGACGUACGGUGCUGAUUUUGACCUUUUGAUGGCUUCACAUAAGAACUUGAGCUUUGAUAUCCCAACAGGAAGCCUCCGGGAUAGCAGGGCCCAGUCUCCUGUCUCUGGAUCCAAUGCGGCCCACCUGACUAAUGCUGCCACACUGAAUGACCCAUCGACUGCGGGUGUUUCACUUGACAAAAUUCUCACCAAAGAACAGGAGUCCCUCAUCAAAUUGGAAUAUCAGUUUGUGAGUUCAGAGUGCCCGUCGAUGAAUUUGGACAGCACUCUUCAGGUGAUUUCAUUACAGGUGAAUAAUCUGGAUAUUAUCCUAAAUCCAGAGACAAUUGUGGAGCUGAUUGGUUUUCUUCAAAAAUCUUUUCCCAAGGAAAAAGAUGAUUUGAGUCCUCAGCCUUUAAUGACUGAUUUUGAAAGAAGCUUUAGGGAGGAAGGAACUUAUCAAGCCACAUAUGAACAGAACACCGAGGUUGCCGUGGAAAUCCACAGGCUUAACUUACUGCUCCUUCGGACAGUGGGGAUGGCAAAUGGCGAGAAAUAUGGCAGAAAAAUUGCGACUGCAAGUAUUGGUGGCACCAAAGUUAACGUCUCCAUGGGUAGCGCAUUUGACAUGAAUGGUUCUCUCGGCUGUUUGCAGCUUAUGGAUUUGACACAAGAUAAUGUUAAGAACCAGUAUGUUGUCAGCAUUGGGAAUUCCAUAGGCUAUGAAAAUAUCGUCAGCGACAUUGGCUACUUUGAAUCUGUGUUUGUUAGAAUGGAAGAGGCGGCCCUCAGCGAAGCUUUGAGUUUCACCUUUGUUGAGAAGUCUAAACAGGAGUGUUUUCUCAACCUCAAGAUGGCUUCCUUGCAUUAUAACCACUCUGCUAAAUUUUUGAAGGAGUUGACGUUGUCCAUGGAUGAGCUGGAAGAAAAUUUUCGAAGUAUGCUGAAAAGCGCAGCUACCAAAGUCACUACGGUACUAGCUACCAAGACGGCCGAGUACAGUGAGAUGGUGUCACUCUUUGAAACGCCAAGGAAGACUCGGGAAUCCUUUAUCUUAGAAGAGAAUGAAAUGUAUGGGUUUGGCCUCUCUGGGUCUCAUUCUGACACCGUAAAGCUAAUCUUGAACAUAAACAUUGAAUCCCCUGUUGUGUCUAUCCCUCGGAAGCCCGGGAGUCCUGAGUUGUUGGUGGGACACUUGGGACAAAUAUUCAUCCAGAAUUUUGUGUCAGGAGAUGAUGAGUCCAGAAGUGACCGUCUGCGGGUAGAAAUUAAAGACAUUAAGUUAUAUUCUUUGAAUUGUACCCAGUUGGCAGGCAGAGAGGGUCCUGGGUCCGAAGUAAGCCGGGCAUUUUGUUCUCCUUCUGGGUCUGCCAGUGCCAACAGUCAGGAGGAAGCUCAUUUCACCCGACAUGAUUUCUUUGAAUCUUUGCAUAGAGGUCAAGCUUUUCACAUCCUGAACAACACUACUAUUCAGUUUAAACUGGAGAAGAUUCCUAUAGAGAGAGAAUCUGAGUUGACUUUCUCCCUCAGUCCAGAUGACUUGGGAACUUCUAGCAUCAUGAAGAUCGAAGGGAAAUUUGUCAACCCAGUUCAGGUGGUGUUAGCAAAGCAUGUGUAUGAGCAGGUUUUACAAACGCUGGACAAUCUCGUGUAUAGUGAAGAUCUGAAUAAGUUUCCAGUCAGUGCUGUCUCCUCACCUUGCCCUAAUUCUCCUCUGCCUUCCCUCAGUACCAGUGGAGAACCUUCCACUGAAAGGAAGGAGAAUGGAUUGUUCAGCCACUCCGGGCUUUCUAACUCUUCUCAAAAGUCCUUGUCUCUGAAGGAAGUGAGAUCUUUUACCCAGAUUCAAGCCAACUUUUGUAUUUCAGAGCUUCAAGUCCAGUUAAGUGGAGAUCUGACUUUGGGGGCCCAGGGUCUUGUGAGCUUAAAGUUUCAGGAUUUUGAGGUGGAAUUCAGUAAAGACCAUCCUCAGACUUUAUCUAUUCAGAUUGCCCUGCGCUCUCUGCUGAUGGAAGACUUACUGGAGAAAAAUCCGGAUUCCAAAUACAAGAACCUGAUGGUGUCUCGGGGAGCCCCUAAGCCAUCUAGUUUAGCACAAAAAGAAUAUCUUUCUCAGUCUUGUCCUUCGGUAUCCAAUGUGGAGUAUCCUGACAUGCCUCGGUCUCUCCCUUCCCACGUGGAAGAAGCUCCUAAUGUCUUCCAGCUGUAUCAAAGACCCACCUCGGCGUCCCGGAAGAAGCAAAAGGAAGUCCAAGACCAGGACUGUCCCUUGACCCCACCCCCUUCUCCAACAGUAGAUGAGCCCAAGGCACUUGCUGGAAAGAGUAAAUUUGAUGAUUCCUUGGUACAUAUCAAUGUCUUCUUGGUGGAUAAGAAACAUCCAGAAUUCUCUUCCAGUUAUCACCGAGUUAACCGGAACAUUGAUGUUGAUUUUAACUGCUUGGAUGUGCUGAUCACGCUGCAAACCUGGGUCGUGAUCCUAGAUUUUUUUGGAAUUGGCUCCACUGCAGACAACCACGCAAUGAAGGUACUGCCUGAGGAUGUUCUACAAAACGUCAAGUCAGAAUCAGAUGCUCUCCCGGAGUCUGAACUUCAGGAUCCAGUUAACACCAAGCUGGACCUCAAGGUUCAUUCGCUCUCUCUCGUGCUGAAUAAGACCACCAGUGAGCUUGCUAAAGCGAGUGUAUCCAAAUUAGUGGCACACCUGGAAAUGAUUGACGGAGACCUGGCCUUGCAGGGAAGCAUUGGGAGCCUGUCCCUGAGUGACCUCACAGCCCAUGGGGAGCUCUACAGAGAGCGGCUCACUACGAGUGGGGAAGAAGCGCUCAUCUUCCAGACUUUUAAAUACGGCCGGCCUGACCCUCUGCUCCGGAGAGAACACGACAUCCGAGUGAGUCUGCAGAUGGCCUCCGUGCAGUAUGUGCACACACAGCGCUUUCAGGCCGAGGUGGUGGCCUUCGUGCAGCACUUCACCCAGCUGCAGGAUGUCUUAGGGCGCCAGCGAGCGGCGAUCGAGGGGCAGACGGUGAGAGAUCAAGCCCAGCGCUGUUCACGGGUUCUCCUGGAUAUUGAGGCGGGUGCUCCUGUUCUCCUUAUCCCUGAAAGUUCCAGAUCAAAUAAUCUGAUUGUAGCAAAUUUGGGGAAGUUGAAGGUCAAGAACAAGUUUCUCUUUGCUGGUUUUCCUGGGACCUUUUCCUUACAAGAUAAGGAAUCUGUGCCUUCAGCAUCCCCAACGGGUACCCCCAAACACAGUAUGAGGAAAAUGACGAGCACGGAGGACCCGAAGGGAUUGUAUUCCGAGGGGCUGUUCAUGAUGCCUCCUGCUGGAAUGAGUCUAGGCGUCCUGAGGAGUGAGUCUGUGCCGAGUACCUCGACCAAGCAGCAAGGGCAACAAGCCGCGCCCUCCACCAGCCAGGUUUCUGGUAGUCCAGAAGACCACGUCUGCCUGCUGGACUGCAUUGUCGUGGACCUACAAGACAUGGACAUCUUUGCUGCCGAGAGACACCCACGAGAGUAUUCUAAGGCCUCAGACGACAGCAGUGGAGAUCUGGUAUUCCCUUCCUAUUUCGUGCGGCAGACAGGAGGGAGUCUCCUCACUGAGCCCUGUCGGCUGAAAUUGCAGGUGGAAAGGAAUUUGGACAAAGAAAUAAGUCAUACUGUGCCAGACAUAUCUAUCCACGGCAACCUCUCCUCAGUCCACUGCUCCCUGGAUUUGUACAAAUACAAGCUGAUCCGCGGUUUAUUGGAGAACAACCUCGGAGAGCCCAUAGAGGAAUUUAUGCGGCCUUACGAUUUACAAGACCCAAGAAUUCACACUGUUCUCAGUGGAGAAGUGUACACGUGCAUGUGCUUCCUCAUCGAUAUGGUGAAUGUAAGUCUGGAGCUGAAAGAUCCAAAAGGAAAAGAAAGUACCGGGUCCUUAGCCAGAUUCGACUUCAAGAAAUGUAAACUGCUCUAUGAAAGCUUUUCCAACCAAACCAAGUCCGUUAACUUGGUUUCCCAUUCCAUGAUGGCUUUUGACACCCGCUAUGCCGGGCAGAAGGCCUGUCCUGGCAUGACAAACGUAUUCAGCUGUAUUUUUCAGCCUUCCAGGAACAGCAGCACUACCCAAGGAUCCAUUCAGAUGGAGCUGCAUUACAGAUCUACAAAGGAUUCGUCCUGUUUUACGGUAGUUCUCAACAAUCUGCGUGUGUUCCUCAUAUUUGACUGGCUGCUGCUAGUCCAUGAUUUUCUUCACACUCCCAGCGAUAUUAAGAAACAGACUAAUGUUACUACUUCUCGCCACCGUAACUCUAGCAGCGAAUCUGCUGUAGUUCCCAAAACUGUGAAAAGUGGAGUAGUUACCAAGCGGUCUUCUCUUCCUGUGUCUACUGAAAGGCACCUGGAGGUCAAGGUCAAUGUAACAGGCACGGAGUUUGUGGUGGUUGAAGAUGUGUCCUGCUUCGAUACCAAUGCCAUUAUUCUCAAAGGCACCACAGUGCUUACCUAUAAGCCACGAUUUGUCGAUCGCCCCUUUUCAGGGAGUUUGUUUGGCAUCGAGGUGUUUUCGUGCCGACUAGGGAAUGAGCACGGUACAGCUCUUUCAAUUGUUGAUCCAGUUCAAAUUCAGGUGGAGCUGGUGGGGAAUUCUUCUUACCAGAAUAGUUCAGGAUUGAUGGAUGCAUUCAAUAGUGAAGAUUUCCCACCGAUCUUAGAGAUUCAGUUACAAGCCCUGGAUAUCAGACUCUCCUACAAUGAUGUUCAGCUGUUUCUUGCCAUUGCAAAAUCCAUACCAGAGCAAGCUAAUGCUGCAGCACCGGACCCAGUGGCCUUGGAGACCAGCUCCAUUAGCAGUUACCUUUCCGGCGCAUCUCGGGCUGGAGAGGAGAUCAGAGAAGGGACAAGACAUAGCCUAGAUCCUGUCUUGGAGUUACAGCUGGCUAGACUGCAGGAGCUUGGAUUCAGCAUGGAUGAUUGUCGCAAAGCCCUUUUGGUGUGCCAAGGCCAACUGAAAAAGGCAGCAAGUUGGUUGUUUAAGAAUGCCGAACCUCUGAAGUCUCUUGCCCUGGCUUCAAGUGGCCGCGAGAGCCAGGGGCCUGUGGCGGCGCGGCUGAUCUCUGGAGUGGAGGUGAAAGCUGAGAGCGUGUGCAUCUGCUUCAUCGAUGACUGCAUGGACUGUGAUGUCCCUCUGGCUGAGCUCACCUUUUCCCGUCUGACUUUUCUGCAGCAGGCAAGAGCUAGCCCUGAAGGGUAUGCCCACUUCACCCUCUCUGGAGAUUAUUACAACCGUGCUCUGUCAGGCUGGGAGCCAUUUAUUGAGCCAUGGCCAUGCUCUGUAUCCUGGCAACAGCAGGCAGCUAGUCGUCUCCAUCCUCCUCGACUGAAGCUGGAAGCCAAGGCCAAACCCCGUUUGGAUAUCAACAUCACCUCUGUGCUAAUUGACCAGUAUGUAAGUACUAAGGAAUCGUGGAUGGCAGAUUAUUGUAAACAGGAAAAGGAGAUAGAUUCAACCACAUCAGAAGACUGGAUGGGCUCUUCAGUGGAUCCUCCGUGCUUUGGACAAACAGAGGUGAAGACCCCCAAGCGCCGGCAGCCAUUUGUCCCUUUUGCUCUGAGGAACCACACAGGCUGCACUUUGUGGUUUGCCACCCUGACCACCACGCCCACCAGGGCCGCGCUGUCCCACAGUGGGAGUCCGGGGCUUGCUCCCGAAGGCAAUGGCACAUUUCUUGAUGAUGCUCACAAUGUUAGUGAAUGGCGGGAAGUCCUCACGGGGGAAGAGAUUCCCUUUGAAUUUGAAGCAAGAGGAAAGCUUAGACACAGACACACCCAUGACCUCCGGAUUCAUCAGCUGCAAGUGAGAGUAAAUGGCUGGGAGCAAGUGAGCCCAGUGUCUGUGGAUAAAGUUGGGACAUUUUUCCGCUAUGCGGCACCGGAUAAGAACUCAUCUUCCUCUACGAUUGGCAGCCCAAGCAGCAGAAUGAAUAUUAUUCAUCCCCAGGUUUAUUUCUCUUCGCUCCCACCUGUCCGGGUGGUCUUUGCUGUGACGAUGGAAGGCAGCGCUCGGAAAGUAAUCACCGUCCGGUCUGCCCUCAUUGUGAAGAACAGGCUUGAGACACCAAUGGAGCUAAGACUGGAUAGCCCAUCUGCUCCAGACAAGCCCGUGGUGCUUCCCGCUAUCAUGCCAGGGGAUUCGUUCGCUGUGCCUUUACAUCUCACUUCUUGGCGGCUCCAGGCCCGGCCCAAAGGACUGGGUGUGUUUUUCUGUAAGGCUCCUAUUCACUGGACCAAUGUGGUGAAGACUGCAGAAGUUGGCAGCAGCAAACGAGAGUGCCACUCCAUGGGCUUGGACAAAAGCCGAUUCUUCAGGUUUUGUGUGGCCAUAAAGAAGGAGAAUUACCCGGAUUAUAUGCCCUCAAACAUAUUUUCUGAUAGUGCAAAACAGAUCUUCAGACAACCUGGACAUACCAUAUACCUCCUGCCAACUGUGGUCAUCUGCAACUUGCUACCUUGUGAACUUGACUUUUAUGUUAAAGGGAUGCCAAUUAAUGGGACCCUGAAACCCGGCAAAGAGGUGGCCCUCCACACAGCUGAUACAUCGCAGAACAUUGAACUGGGGGUAUCACUGGAGAAUUUUCCACUCUGUAAAGAAUUGCUCAUUCCACCUGGAACGCAAAACUACAUGGUAAGAAUGCGACUCUAUGAUAUCAACCGGCGACAGCUGAACCUCACCAUCCGGAUUGUGUGUCGAGCAGAAGGAUCCUUAAAGAUCUUCAUUUCUGCUCCAUAUUGGUUGAUUAACAAAACAGGGUUACCACUGAUCUUCAGACAGGACAAUGCAAAGACAGAUGCUGCAGGCCAGUUUGAAGAACACGAGCUGGCCCGGAGCCUGAGCCCUCUCUUAUUCUGCUACGCUGACAAAGAGCAGCCAAACCUCUGCACGAUGAGAAUCGGAAGGGGGAUUCAUCCUGAAGGCAUGCCGGGCUGGUGUCAGGGCUUCUCACUGGAUGGUGGUAGUGGUGUACGAGCUUUGAAAGUCAUCCAGCAAGGAAACCGCCCAGGGCUGAUCUAUAACAUUGGGAUUGAUGUCAAGAAAGGCCGAGGUCGAUAUAUUGACACCUGUAUGGUCAUCUUUGCCCCUCGUUACCUGUUAGAUAAUAAAUCAUCUCACAAGCUUGCAUUUGCACAGAGGGAAUUUGCCCGGGGACAGGGAACAGCCAAUCCUGAAGGUUACAUUUCCACCCUUCCUGGUUCCAGUGUGGUGUUCCAUUGGCCUCGGAAUGACUACGAUCAGCUCUUAUGUGUCAGAUUGAUGGAUGUUCCCAACUGUAUUUGGUCUGGAGGCUUUGAAGUCAACAAGAAUAAUUCCUUCCAUAUCAACAUGAGAGAUACCCUGGGGAAGUGCUUUUUCCUGCGCGUGGAAAUCACUCUCCGAGGAGCUACCUACAGGAUCUCGUUCAGUGACACGGACCAGUUACCCCCGCCUUUCAGAAUUGACAACUUUUCUAAGGUUCCAGUGGUCUUUACUCAGCAUGGGGUAGCUGAACCCAGGCUCCGAACCGAAGUGAAGCCCAUGACUUCAUUGGAUUACGCCUGGGAUGAACCCACCCUGCCUCCUUUCAUCACGCUGACCGUGAAGGGGGCAGGCUCCUCGGAGCUCAACUGCAACAUGAAUGAUUUCCAGGAUAACCGACAGCUUUAUUAUGAAAACUUCAUUUACAUUGCUGCUACGUAUACAUUCUCGGGUUUACAGGAGGGGACGGGAAGGCCUGUGGCCUCCAGCAAGACCACUGCCUGUGCAGAGCUUGUCUUGGAUGUCUCACCAAAGACACAAAGAGUCAUUUUAAAGAAGAAGGAGCCCGGGAAGCGCUCCCAACUGUGGAGGAUGACCGGCACAGGCAUGUUGGCCCACGAGGGAUCUUCAGUGCCUCACAACCCCAAUAAGCCCUCUGCGGCCCGCUCCCCGGAGGGCUCCGCCAUCUUGGAUAUCGCUGGUCUUGCUGCAGUAACUGACAACAGAUUUGAGCCACUGAUGCUGAGAAAGCCGGAUCGCAGGCGAAGCACAACUCAGACGUGGAGUUUCCGGGAAGGAAAACUGACCUGUGGCCUGCACGGGUUGGUUGUCCAGGCCAAAGGAGGGCUUUCUGGUUUGUUUGAUGGAGCUGAAGUUGUUCUUGGUCCUGAUACUUCCAUGGAGCUUCUGGGGCCAGUUCCACCUGAACAACAGUUUAUCAACCAAAAACUGAGGCCUGGUUCUGGAAUGUUAUCCAUCAGAGUCAUCCCAGACGGACCAACUAGAGCACUCCAGAUAACAGAUUUCUCCCAACGGAAAAGUGACCGUUCAUCAUACGAAGUGGAUGAACUUCCUGUUACUGAACAAGAGGUACAGAAAUUAAAGAAUCCAGACACAGAGCAGGAAUUGGAAGUGCUUGUGAAGUUAGAAGGUGGAAUUGGGUUGUCCUUAAUUAAUAAAGUCCCAGAAGAACUGGUCUUUGCAAGUCUUACAGGAAUCAAUGUGCAUUAUACGCAGUUGGCAACAAGUCAUAUGCUUGAGCUCAGCAUACAGGAUGUGCAGGUGGACAAUCAGCUCAUUGGUACCACGCAGCCCUUCAUGCUCUAUGUGACUCCCCUGAGCAAUGAGAAUGAGGUCAUCGAGACAGGCCCAGCCGUGCAGGUGAAUGCGGUGAAGUUCCCCAGUAAGAGCGCGCUGACCAACAUCUACAAGCAUCUGAUGAUCACGGCUCAGAGAUUCACAGUGCAAAUUGAGGAGAAACUGCUCCUCAAGCUGCUGGGUUUUUUUGGCUACGAUCAAGCAGAAUCAGAGGUGGAAAAAUAUGAUGAAAACCUCCAUGAAAAGACGGCUGAGCAAGGUGGAACACCAAUUCGAUACUACUUUGAAAAUCUCAAAAUCAGCAUUCCCCAGAUCAAGCUGAGUGUGUUCACCUCCAACAAGCUACCAUUGGAUCUUAAGGCCCUAAAAAGUACCUUGGGAUUUCCACUGAUUCGGUUUGAGGACGCUGUGAUUAAUCUGGAUCCAUUCACUCGGGUACAUCCCUAUGAGACCAAGGAGUUCAUCAUCAAUGAUAUCCUCAAACAUUUCCAGGAGGAACUCCUCAGCCAGGCAGCUCGGAUCUUGGGAUCCGUGGACUUUCUUGGCAAUCCCAUGGGGCUGUUGAAUGAUGUUUCUGAAGGGGUUACUGGACUGAUAAAGUAUGGAAAUGUCGGGGGCCUCAUCAGAAAUGUCACACACGGCGUAUCAAACUCUGCCGCCAAGUUCGCAGGGACAUUAUCAGAUGGCUUAGGGAAGACGAUGGACAAUCGACAUCAGUCAGAGCGGGAGUACAUUAGGUACCAUGCAGCUACAAGUGGGGAGCACCUUGUAGCCGGCAUCCAUGGCCUGGCUCAUGGUAUCAUUGGUGGAUUGACCAGUGUGAUCACCUCAACAGUGGAAGGAGUGAAAACAGAAGGGGGUGUCAGCGGUUUCAUAUCUGGCCUUGGGAAAGGGCUUGUUGGCACUGUAACCAAGCCAGUGGCAGGUGCCCUGGAUUUUGCAUCAGAAACAGCCCAGGCAGUGAGAGACACAGCCACGCUCAGUGGCCCCAGGACUCAAGCCCAGAGGGUUCGGAAGCCUCGCUGCUGCAGCGGGCCCCAGGGGCUGCUUCCUCGAUACUCGGAGAGCCAGGCGGAAGGGCAGGAGCAGCUCUUCAAGCUAACGGACAACAUUCAAGAUGAAUUCUUCAUAGCCGUGGAGAACACCGACAGCUACUGUGUGCUCAUCUCCUCCAAAGCCGUUUACUUCCUGAAAAGUGGCGACUUCGUGGACCGAGAAGCCAUCUUCCUGGAAGUCAGAUACGACGACCUCUACCACUGCCUCGUCUCCAGGGACCACGGGAAGGUGUACGUGCAGGUGACCAAGAAGGCAGUGAACUCGAGUAGUGGGCUGUCCAUCCCUGGCCCUUCCCACCAGAAGCCCAUGGUCCAUGUGAAAUCCGAGGGCCUUGCUGUCAAGUUAUCACAAGAGAUAAACUAUGCAAAGAGCCUUUACUAUGAACAGCAACUUAUGUUAAGACUCAAUGAAAAUCAAGAGCAGUUGGAGCUGGACUCCUGAGAAAUCCCAGCUGCCAGAGAGCCGCUCCCAGACACAAACCCCAGAUCAAUCAGGAGGAAAGGCCCAUAGGCUUGGCCUCAAUCAGAGGCAAAACCAGAAUAAGGUUUGGGGGACGAUGUCAAGAAACGAGGGGAGGAUGCAAAUGGAAACCAUACUAACUUGUGGGCGGGGUGGAGGGUUACUUUAGAUUAUGGGGAAGUAAUUUUUAAAAGGUUUUGGUUGAAUAACGUUAAAAAAAAAAAGUGUACUGAGAUGAAUCUAAUUUUUGGAUUGCCCUGUAUUUUGUUAACAUGUACAUAUGUACAACUGUGUGUUUGUAAAUAUAUAGGAGCGUUUCUGAACAGGGCCUGUGAUGUGUGUAAAGGUUUGUUAACUGUAAAAUAAUAUAAAAUUAUAUUGGAUCUUCUAUU